AUGGAAAAUUACGAUGGUGAUACAUGCAGAGUGUCAUGUGACAGAGACUACAAGCUAAAUGGACCAUCCACAGUCACCUGCACCAGAGGAACUUGGACUGACCCGAAUACAGGACUGGUCGCAACAGCUAACUGUGAAAGUGUUGGUAAGUAAAAGGUUUUAUUCGUGUAAGCAUCAAAAGCUUUCUGGAUGAAAGUUAAUUGUAGAUAAGCGCACUAUAAAUCAGUAAAAAUGUUGGUGAGUUAUAGAAGUACUUCAUGUAGAUGUUUCUCAUCCAGUGCUCUGAUGGGGACAGUUGGAAUUACUGGCAUAGGCGCAUCGGGCUGAUUACUCGUGUCGUACGUAGGGUCUUACCUUCGCUCAGGCCGAGUCCAGUCAGACGAAUUCUCGCAAGAAUAUCGUAGCGCACACCCGGCUUGAGUCGAAGCUUUAUCUUUCGAUCUUUAUUUUUGGGGGGAAUACCCAUGAACAAAUGCGAACCAUACGCAGUAUUUUAAAAAGUUUUAUGAAGAAUGCAUAAGGUUUUUUUGUUGUAUUUUUAAAUAUAAAAUGUCCAGCAUGACGUUAAUUGUAGUAAACGUAUAAUCACUUCUGAUGAAAAAUAGCAGGCUUUGUGUUGGUGCAUUGCGUUUAGAUAAAACGUUUUAAUGAACAUCUGUACGACAUUUACAUUGACAGUUUUUUUUUAUUUAAACAAUAGAUAAUCUUUACAUUUGUUCCAAAAGCAGCUAGAGCUUAUCGAGAGAACUUAUGGAAUAUAUAAUAUACAAGAUUUUGUUAAAAAAGAAUUAGGUGGCAGUUUUUAUGACAUCGAGUCUCCCUUGUGGAUUUAUUCACCUCAGACUACACACCCUUGGGUAUUAAAUUACAUACCCAUCGUGGACUAGAAAUAACCAACACAUAAUCUUGUAUUUUCCGUUUCCUUUUUAGAUGCUCUUUUUAAGGAUGAUGUUCUUAGACUUGUUGACCGAGAACGGAAGAGAAGCCAUCUAGAGUUGGCCUGUUUUGUUAGAGAUUAUUUAAAAAAUAAGUAUCCCGGAAAUUGUUGGUUUGUCACCAUCUACGACGAUAUUUAUUCGUUUGAAAACCAUUGCGUUGGUGGUUACUACUUUCACAAGUUCAGAUACGCUGGUGUAAAUUUUGUUGUGACUCGCUACCCCGAUUACCGCGCCCGCAGACCCAGAGUACCCCUGUCCACCAUCAUAGGCUCAGUUAGCGGAAGCCACGCCAAAGAAGUUUAUGAGAGUAUAAAGGAGAAGUUUUUUCAUCAUGGUGAAUCAUAUUACAUGAUACAUGUGGUUAAAAGGAGCGCACGUCUCAGAUUUGCCAAGAAUUGUUAUGAUGAGAAUGUUUUUUAUAAGUUGUUCUCAAAGGUGGCUUUAGUUGUUGUUGCUCCUUAA